CCCACAACGCAAUGCAGUGCCACCUCAGCCAAAACGCCACAUCAGCAUGCUCUCAUCAUCAUCUCCAUCCACCUUCGCCACAGCUCCCACGCUGUCUCCACAGCCUUCCAGCGGCUCACCCCUCAACCCGGGUGUCGCUUUCACAAGCCAGCGCCAGUGUAUCCUCACUGCACAGAAGCAUCGUCAGCGCACCAAGUAACAAUGUCACCGGCGACAGGAGGAGGAGGAGGAGGAGGAGGAGAAAGGGUGUCGCUGGAGGAGGAGGAGGAAGACGAGGAGGAAAGGGCCCAGGCCAAGGAGGAGGAGGAGGAGGCAGAGGAGGAAGAAGAGGAGGAGGAGGAGGAGGAGAGUAGGAGGGAGGAAGCAGAGGAGGAAGAGGAGGAGAGUAGGAGGGAGGAGGAGGAGAGUGAGAGGGAGGAAGGAGGAGGAGGAGGAGGAGGAGGAGGAGGAGGAGAGUAGGAGGGAGGACAUUAUAUUGGAUACUUAAUGUGGUUUUCGCAAUAAACUCCCAUAUUUGAA